UCAAGUUUCGGAUCCCGAUCGUUGUUGCCCUCUUCCAAGUCUAAGUUUGCUCGCUCGCCAUGGGAGGAUCUCACAGCCGCGAGGGCUUGGAACUCUCCGAUUCCGAGGAGGAAGAAGAGGAAGAACAGGAGGAACAAGAGCAAGAAACGGCAGGACAGCCACGAGAUCGAGUGGAAGCCGCGGGCCGAUCUGGUGAAGCCCUAACCCCGGCCGCCUCCCUUGAUGAGGUCGAUCGGAAGCUCCAAUCCCUCAAGCUCAAGUACUCCAAUCCCUCCCCGUCCCCCCAGACCCGUAGCCCCAAGGAUGCCCUCAAGCUCUAUCUCCAUAUCGGCGGCAGCACGCCCACCGCCCGCUGGGUCAUCUCCGACAAGCUCGCCUCGUACGCCUUCUGCCGGCCCUCGCUCUCCGACGACUCCGAUGGCGAGGAUAAUCCUUCUUCUCCUUGGUUCCUGCGGAUCGGCGCCAAGGUUCGCGCCAGGGUCGGCCCGGAGCUGCAGCUCAAAUCGUUCCCGGACCAGCGCCGUGUCGAUUUCGUCGCCGAUGGGGUGUGGGCCAUCAAGUUCCCGAAUCUGGAAGGUUAUCGGGCGUUCCAGAGUCAGUACCAGAGCUGCCUCUUUGAGAACACCUACGGCGUUGAAGCGAAUGAGGAGAACAAGAUGAAGGUGUUCGGAAAAGAUUUCAUGGCGUGGGCGCAGGUGGAUGCCGAAGAGGACAGUAUUUGGGCGGAUGCGGAGGACAGCUUGGAGAAGAGUCCCGAGCCGUUGUCCACGCCAAGCAGGGUCAAGCAGGACCUACUGGAGGAGUUCGAGGAGGAGGCAAAUGAAGGUGGGAUACAGAGCCUAGCGCUCGGUGCGCUCGAGAACAGUUUCCUGGUGAGUAACUCAGGAAUUCAGGUUCUCAGGAACUUUAGUCAUGGAGUUCAUGGCAAGGGGAUUUCAGUGAAGAUUUCAGAUAAUACGGGUCGAGCUGGUGGGUAUUCGACGCCCAAGAAAGCACUUUUGAUGAGGGCGGAGACUAAUAUGUUGUUGAUGAGCCCAGCACAAGCAGGAAAACCCCAUGCAAGUGGGGUUCAUCAAGUGGACAUCGAGACUGGGAAGGUUGUCACGGAGUGGAAGUUUGAGAAGGAUGGGACUGAUAUUACUAUGAGAGACAUGGCAAACGAUAGCAAGGGUGCUCAGUUGGAUCCAUCAGAAUCGACCUUCUUGGGAUUGGAUGACAGUAGGCUUUGCCGUUGGGAUAUGAGGGAUCGCAGAGGGAUAGUCCAGAACCUCGCAAAUGCCAUGGAGUCGCCAGUGUUGCAGUGGACGCAAGGUCACCAGUUCUCCAAGGGUACAAAUUUCCAAUGCUUUGCCUCAACAGGUGAUGGUUCUAUUGUGGUGGGGUCUCUGGAUGGGAAGAUACGACUAUAUUCGAAGAGUUCUAUGAGGAUGGCAAAGACUGCCUUCCCUGGGCUUGGAUCGCCAAUCACUCAUGUGGAUGUCACAUUUGAUGGAAAGUGGAUACUGGGCACAACAGAUACAUACUUGAUCCUUAUAAGCACGGUAUUUAAGGAUAAAGAUGGAAAGGAAAAGACUGGUUUUGCUGGGCGAAUGGGGAACAGGAUUGCUGCUCCAAGAUUACUGAAGCUUACUCCAUUGGAUUCACAUCUGGCUGGCGAGAACAAUAAAUUCCAUGGGGGGCAGUUUUCAUGGGUGACUGAAAAUGGUAAGCAGGAGAGGCAUUUAGUUGCGACCGUCGGCAAAUUUAGCGUCAUCUGGAACUUCCAGCAGGUAAAGAUCAGCAACCACGAGUGCUACAAGAACCAGGAAGGGCUGAAGAGUUGCUAUUGCUACAAGGUCGUCCCGAAGGAUGAAUCAAUCGUGGACAGCCGCUUCAUGCACGAGAAGUUUGCAGUUAGUGAAUCUCCCGAGGCUCCUCUGGUUGUGGCCACCCCGAUGAAGGUUAGCUCCUUCAGCAUAUCAAGCAGGCGGUAACUAUAGAGAUCCUGUUGUCAUUAGGACUGCUGAAUUCCUAUUAGUUUGAAUCAACUUUUAUGUAGAAAAGCUUAAUUGAAUCAAUGUUGUCUGAUGUAUCAAGACCCCUGUUUGUGAUCAACAUGUGGAUUUCUCAAAUGUUCCACCAAUUUGACUUCAACAUGUGGAUAUUCAUUUC